AUGGACGCUCUUCCAAUCAAGCCCACGAGACACGAUGUCUAUGACUUCAUUUCUCCCAAUGCUGGCACCAAGGACGCCGCUGUAGGAAAGAGUGUCCUCGUUACGGGAGCCGGAUCUGGCUUUGGAGAGUCCAAAGCCAGCAUCGAAGCCGAAUCGCCCAAAUGCCGCGUGCUCUGCGUCCCAACCGACAUCACCGACCCCGAAGCCGUCGCAAACCUUUUCCAGAGGGCUGGCAAAAUUGACAUUCUCGUCAACAACGCUGGGUUCACGGGAGAUAUCAACCUACUGGCGAAGACCGACUUCCAGAAGUGGUGGAUGGCUUUCGUACAAAUCAACGUUCGCGGCACAUACAUGGUUACUUGCGAGUUCCUGAAGUUACUUAAAGGCGGCCCCGGUUUCGUUCUCAACGUCUCCUCGCGCUCUUCAUAUGUCACUGCUGAGGGCAUGAGCGCAUACCGGGUCUCCAAACCGGCUAUGAACAGACUCGCCGAGUUCAUUGACAAAGACUACGCUUCCCAAGGCGUCGUUGCAAUUGCUUUUUAUCCCGGCGGAGUCCCAGGGACCAAAGUCGCCGAUGCCGCACCGGAGUGGCUUCGCAAGAACUUCAAAGAUACACCUGCUCUCCCUGCCGCCACGGCCCUCUACCUCACCCUCCCCCGCGCUAAAUACCUCAGCGGCCGCUUCAUCAACGCGCAGUGGGACAUGGAAGAGCUCGAGAGCCACCGCGAGCGCAUCGUCUCAGAGGACCUGCUGAAAAUGCGGGUCUUGGGGAUUGACGACCACUUGUGA